AUGUCUGGAGAUCGUUUCAAUUUCGACGAGACCGGGGACACUUUUUACUGCUUUCUCAUUGCAGUGUUUACUGUCGUCCUAUUACCAAUAACAUAUUUCUUCUGGCCCAAAUCAGAAGCUAAGCAAUCCGUUGAUGCCAUAAAAAGGCGUUGCCAAUGCUCACCAUGCCAGACAAAACGUGCGAAUUUGCGAUCAUCUCCUACAAAGAAAUGGAUGAAAAGGACUUUGAUAAAAUUGAUAAUUAUUACUGCUUGGGCCAUGAUUAUAGCAUUGGGAUUCAGAUUAUCCAAGAUUGAAGUCACUUUGAAUACUUUUGAUCCCUAUUUUGAGCUUUCAAUCCAUCCAGAUGCUUCAAAGGCCGAAAUAAAGAAGGCUUACAAGAAGCUUUCCCUUGUUCACCAUCCUGAUAGGGGUGGUGAUGAACAGAAAUUUAUUAGGAUUCAUAAGGCCUACAUCACUUUAACCGAUGAAGUCGCGCAUAAAAACUGGCAAGAAUAUGGCAAUUCAGAUGGACCAGGAGCAAUCAAUUUUGGAAUGGCACUUCCCAAGUGGAUGAUUAAAAAGGAGAAUACAGUGCUAGUCGUUGGUGUAUACGCGGUGAUAUUUAUGCUCAUGCUUCCCCUAGUUGUGGGUCUGUGGUGGUCCAACUAUAUGAAGUAUAGCAACACACGUGUCCUCCUAGUCACUGUUCGUUUGUUUUGUGGCAGUUUCAUGUACAAUCCCUUUAUGGCUGUACCUCGGUUAAUAAAGCUCCUCUCGUCCGCCUACGAGUUCAACAGCCAGUUUAACAAAGAGGUCGCCUGUAGACCCAGCGAUAAUGUAGAACUCCCACCGGUAAUGCCUUUAAUAACUCUGGUCAACCAGAUCCCAAUGUUCACCAUCUUCAAGAGGGCUAUUGUUGGUGCGCCCUAUGCGAUCAAGGCUCGCGCCCUUAUCUAUGCGCACAUGCUUCGACUCGAGCUACCUCCGAAAUCUCUCUUCAUUGAUAAGCAAUACAUCAUCGCGCAAUGUCCACGCCUUCUUGAGGAGAUGAUCAACAGUCUACUCAUCAUUUUGUCCAUGGCCACUGAGGAUCGUGGCUCGAGGAAGAAGGUGCCACAGGUGCUGGCGACUAUUGAGAACUGUAUGCACCUCACCUCGCUGUUGGUGCAGGCUCUCUCGCCGACCGUUGCAAUCACUCCCCUCCUCCAGCUGCCCCACAUUGGGCCCACCCAACUGCGUCAGAUCACCCAUGCUAAUCGCAACCUCAAGACGAUGCGUCAACUAGCCACCCUUAUCGAGAACCGUCGUCGUUCUGCCUUGUCGAGCCUCACUGAUGAGCAGUACCAAGAUGUGGUCAACGUCCUGGCAAGCAUGCCUAGCCUUACCCUCUCCUGCCAAUGCGUCGUCCUUGAUGACGAGGAUCCCAGCAUUUGGCCCCUAUCUAUGGUCACCGUCAAUGUGCGUCUCACUCGUCGUCCCCUCCUCUCUCUUAACCGCCAGCAGUCUAGUUGCGGUGGCGUUGCUGGUAACGCAGCGGGUGGAGUAGCGGUCAUUGACGCUUCAACGGACUUGCGGUAUACAGAACGAGAGGCUUCGUGGUACCUCUCCGGUGGUGCAAACGGCUUUGAUGAUCUUGCUGCAGGACGGUUCAACAACGUGAAGGAGGAUGAUGAAGGCAUGGAGUUGGUCGAAGAUGCUUUUGCUGGCAAGAGCGGUGGUGGAGGCACAGCAGCACGCGGAAAGCCUUCGGUCCCGGUAUGGGACAAGUCGCGCCAACGUGGUAAAGGUGGCAAGAGUGGACGUGGAGGAAAGGGAGGCAAGGGCAGGUACAGCCAGUACCAGAAGGGUAGCUGCGGGAAGCAACAAAAAAGCACUAAACCCACCGCCCCCGUUAAUGCUUGUCAGGAGGCUGAGAAAAAGGACUAUCGGUUAAAGCUGGUAAACGGUGGCGCCAAUACCAUCGCACUUGACGCAAUCUCAACGGAGACGAUGAUGGCGCCAGGUGAAGGGGAGGCGGUGGUGGAGACAGAAAGUGUAGAAGGAGGUGCUGCGACGCUGCCUGGAGUGGAAUGUCGGGUGGAGUCGGAGGCGCAAAGACGCGAGGAGAAUAGUGCGUUGGAUAGUAAACCACGAUGCAGCCAUCUAGUACACUGUCCUUUCUUUCCCCUGGAGAAGUACGAGGGUUGGUGGUUGUAUCUAGUGGAUCGGAAGAUGCGACAACUAGUGACCAAGCCCGUUUACCUCAAUUCGCUGGAAACCGAAGAGGAGCUGAGCCUAAAGUUUGUAGCGCCAUCCUUCCCCGGCAGUUACCUCUACACCCUCUGUGUUCGUUCCGACAGCUAUGUGGACCUGGACUUCUCCGAAAAUGUUCCGUUCACAGUGGCGGCUUUGCCAGAGCAUGUGUUGAAGAGUCUCAAGGAGGCGGAAGCACGCAACCUGGAAAGCGGUUUAUCUUCCUCCGACGAAGACGAGGACGAGGAGGAGGAAGAUGGCGAAGAUGAAGAAGGCUAUGAGGAGGAGGAAGAGGAGGUAAAAAGCGAGGCGGUAGAAAUCGAAAAGUGUAUCUUUGACGCGGUUCGCUCAACGGAGGACGCGGUGAUAAGCGAUUCCGCCCUCCUUGCAGUUCAAAGUCUGGAACGACUGCGGGGAGCUCCGAGCUAUAUGGGCUCUUCAGUCUCUACAUCUGGCACCUCCAACCUGACAACACAACCUUCAGGAGGUGGUUAA